AUGUCUUACGUCGUCAUCAAAGCAGCUAUUAAGUCCCAAGAAUUCGGGACCUACCUCUCCAUCACCGGGAACGGCACCGCCGUCGGCACCGUCACCACAACAACCACUAUCAACGCCUCCUCCACCCUCUACAUCGAACUCUAUAGCACCGGUAUCUACGCCAUUCGCGCUUCCAAUGCUCCAGGCGUUUAUCUCCGCUUCGAUGCCAGCCCGCUCGAGGAAACAAAAACUCCCCUUGCUAGCGGUGGUGGAACUGUUAAUACAGCGUAUUAUGCAAGUGGUUUCCCGGGUGCGGGAAAUUAUGAGAGUUUCCACUUUCAGACAUUGGCUGAUGGGACGACGGCUAUUGAGUCGGUCAAUUUUCCACAGUGUUAUUUGAGGAUUAGUAGCACGGAUGUUAAUGGUCAAUAUUACUUACCCGGGGUCCAACCGGCGAAUUAUGAGGUGUUUAGUAUUUUGUUAUUGAAUUAG